CAUAAAGCGCGCGAUGCUUCAACUCUUGCAAAGCCCAUCUCCCAAUAGACUUCUUCGGAACUUCCUGCGCAAUUCGAGAUCCAAACCUCUCCAAUCUUCUUCAUUCCACUUCCCCAAUCGAACUGCAACGACAGUUUCAAUGGCGAAUCUUUCCUCCGACACCCCUUCCAGAGGAUCUAUCACUCAUAUUAUCUUUGAUAUGGACGGCCUGUUAUUGGAUACUGAGGGGUUUUACACUGAAGUGCAACAGAAAAUACUGGCAAGGUAUGAUAAAACUUUUGAUUGGUCACUUAAGGCAAAGAUGAUGGGUAUGAAAGCUAUAGAAGCUGCUCGGGUCUUUGUUAACGAGACUGGGAUUAGCGAUUCUCUUAGUGCGGAGGACUUUCUUGUGGAAAGAGAGGAUAUGCUACGAAGCAUGUUUCCGAAUACCGAGGCUAUGCCAGGAGCUAGCCGGUUGAUCAGACAUCUUCAUGCAAAAGGAGUGCCAUUUGGCUUGGCAACUGGAUCUCAUAAACGCCAUUUUGAAUUAAAAACACAAAGACAUGGUGAACUUUUUAAGUUGAUGCAUCACGUUGUUCUUGGUGACGAUCCUGAGGUUAAAAAAGGAAAACCAUCUCCGGAUAUAUUCCUUGCAGCUGCUAAAAGAUUUGAGGAGAAUCCUGUGGAUCCACAAAGAAUCCUUGUUUUUGAAGAUGCACCGUCAGGUGUUCUUGCAGCUAAAAAUGCGGGAAUGAAUGUAAUUAUGGUUCCAGAUCCAAGGUUGGAUAGUUCUUACCUUGGUGACGCAGACCAGGUAUUGAGUUCCCUCAUGGAUUUCAACCCCAAGGAAUGGGGUCUGCCUCCGUUUGAAGAUUCAGAAAGCUAAUGCCUCAUUCAUGCUCUGCUGAUGAUACAAACAAUCUUAUCAUUCUAGUGGAAUAUCCAACAUUUCAAGAGAAGGUUAUCUAUCAGAUAGUUUGCCAAAAUAUGAACUUUGAUUCUCAUUUUUAACUUUGUUAACAAUCGAUCUCCUCGAGACAAUUGGAUCUCGAAAUGCACUUACUGAAGGUCUUUCAACUGCUCAAUUGCUCAUUUCAAUUAUUGCAAAUCUUGUAUCAGAAUUUCUCUCAUAUCUCAAUCAAAUAACUCAAUGGGGAGCAUCUCAUUUUCUUUUUUC